AUGGAGAGCAAAUGGAGUGGCUUGGUGCUGGUCCUUUCUGUGUGCCUGGGCUCCUACCAAGCCGGGGCCAGCCCCCUCCACGAGUGUGGCGAGCGGCCGGAGGACUGGUGCCGCGACGUGGCGACUGCGGCCAAGUGCGGGGCACUGGAGCUCUGCCGGCUCACGGCGUGGGACCGGGCUCUGGGGCAGAAGGGGAUCCCCUGUCACCUGUGCCAGGUGGCAGUCUCUGUGGUGGGCAAGAUCCUGCAGGACAACCGCACUGAGGAAAAGCUGAGGCUCUUCUUGGAUAAGAAAUGCCAGUACCUGCCCUUCCAGGACUGGUCUGUCAAGUGCAAGAGGAUGGUGGACACCGGCAUCCUCGUCCUUGUCCAGCUGGGCAAGCAAGUGCUGUCGGAACCGAAGGUGGUGUGUGGGACCAUCAAGCUGUGCCAGCGUCGGGACAGACCCACGGGGACCUCGAAUUAUCAGCAGGCACCACCAGAUGCCACAGGUCCCACCCAGGACUCUGCUGACCUCAUUGCCCCCUUCAUGGCCAACGUGCCCCUCCUGCUCCACCCCCAGGACCUGCCUCACGACGAGGCCCAGGAGAUGGAAGAGGUGUGUGGGGACUGCCUGCAGCUGGUGACGGCCGUGCAGCAGGAGCUGGGAACCAACACUGCCUUCACCUGGGCGCUGCUGGGCCACGCCAAGCACGUGUGUGAGACCCUGACCCCCGACCUGGCACAGCGGUGCAAGCUCUCCCUGGCUGAGUACACGGACACAGCUGCCCAGCUGCUGCGCUACGUGCAGGCUGAGGACCCAGUGGAGUUGUGUGGCCAGCUGGGACUCUGUGCCUCUACCUCGGCACUGCCCCUGCACACACUGCUCACGGAGAAGGUGAUGCAGGUCCUGAGCACACUGGGGGACAGGGUGGGGAGCACUCCGCUGUGCGACGUGUGCCAGUUCACCGUGAAGACAGUCGAGAGCCUCCUGGAGAACAACAUGACAGAGGAGCAACUGGUGAACGACAUGGAGAAGGUGUGCUACAUGCUGCCCCACAGCGUCAUCUCGCAGUGCAAGGACUUCAUCAACUCCUACGGCAAAGCCGUGGUCAUCAUGCUGCUGGAGGCCACCGACCCCGCGGCCGUCUGCACCAUGCUGCGCUGCUGCCCCCGCAGCGGGGACACCCAGCCCGGGGCUGAAUCUCUGGAGCGGCUGGCGGUGAGUGCGGGUGCCUUCUGCAACGUCUGCCAGAUUGUCAUCACCUACUUUGACAACGAGCUGCUGAAGAACGAGACGCUGGAGGAGCUGGGUGAGGUGCUGGAGAAGGGCUGUGCCAUGCUGCCCAUGCCACUCACCAGCAAGUGCCAGGCGCUCGUGUUCCAGUAUGAGCCUGCGGCCGUGCGGCUCUUCGUGCAGAUGAUGGACCCCACCUUUGUCUGCACUAAAAUCAGAGCCUGUGACUCAGGCAAGGAGGAUCUCCUGGGCUCAGCACCCUGUGUCUGGGGCCCGCAGUACUGGUGCAAGAACAUGGCCACGGCAGUUGAGUGCAACGCUGUGGCGCACUGCCAGCGCCAUGUGUGGAACUAG